GAUGAUUUUACGUUCGUUGUGGUUAUCCCAAUGUUUUUUUUGGAUAAGUUUUACUGAAAAUGACUAAAGCAGCUUCAGUUAUCCAUUGGUUUCGUCUUGAUUUGCGCUUACACGAUAAUCUAGCAUUGCGCAAUGCAAUAAAUGAAGCAGAAAAUCGUAAACAGACUUUGAGGCCGAUUUAUCUUUUAGAUCCAGAUUUAAAAAAUAAAGUUGGCAAGAACCGGCUUCGGUUUCUCAUUCAGAGCUUACGAGAUCUUGAUGCUAAUUUACGUAAAAUAAACACACGAUUGUUUAUCAUAAAAGGAAAUGUAGAAUGUCUGCCACAACUAUUCGAGAAAUGGCAGGUAAAGUUCAUAACCUUGCAAGUUGAUAUUGACGCUGAAUUGGUUCAACAAGAUGAAGUCAUUGAGCAGAUAUGCGAAGAAAAAGAUAUAUUUAUGGUCAAAAGAGUCCAGCACACUGUAUACGAUUUUAAUACUGUCUUAAAGAACAACAAUGGCAAUGUUCCAUUGACUUAUCAAAAAUUUCUUUCAUUAGUAGCAAAUACCCAAGUAAAAGACAGUAUAGAAAUUACUAAAGAGAUUUCCAACGAUUGUAAAGCACCAGAUUUUGAUUCAACAGAGAAUGAUAUAACUAUACUUGAGGAUUUAGGUUUUAGUGAAGCAGAUCUAAACGAAUGUAAGUAUCCUGGAGGCGAGACAGAAGGUUUGAAGAGACUUAACCUAUAUAUGGCUAAAAAACAAUGGGUUUGCAAUUUUGAGAAGCCUAAUACAUCACCAAACAGUAUAGAACCAAGUACAACAGUAUUAAGUCCAUACAUUAGUCAUGGGUGUCUGUCUUCAAAGUUAUUUUAUCAUAAACUAAAGCAAGUAGAAAGUGGAAUGAAACACUCAUCCCCACCAGUUUCACUGUUAGGUCAACUUAUGUGGAGAGAAUUUUACUACACAGCUGGUGCAGGCACUAAGAAUUUUGACAAGAUGGUUGGGAAUUCUGUAUGCACACAAAUACCUUGGAAAAAGAAUGAGGAAUACUUAAAAGCUUGGGCAGAAGGUAGGACUGGGUAUCCUUUUGUGGAUGCUAUAAUGAGGCAGCUGAAACAAGAAGGCUGGAUCCAUCAUUUAGCUCGCCACAUGGUUGCUUGUUUUCUAACAAGAGGAGACUUAUGGGUUUCCUGGGAAGAGGGUGCUAAGGUAUUUGAAGACUACCUCCUUGACUAUGAUUGGUCAUUAAAUGCAGGAAACUGGAUGUGGCUCUCGGCUUCUGCAUUUUUCUAUAAGUAUUACAGAGUAUACAGUCCAGUUGCAUUUGGUAAAAAAACUGAUAAAGAAGGACUUUAUAUAAAAAAAUAUGUACCUGAACUAAAAAAGUACCCUAGCGAGUAUAUAUAUGAGCCUUGGAAGGCUCCUAAAUCAGUGCAAACGGCUGCAGGUUGUGUUAUAGGCGAGAAUUAUCCGAAAAGAAUUGUUGAUCAUGAUAAAGUACACAAGGACAAUAUACAGAGGAUGAAUGCUGCUUAUAAACUUAGUAAGGAGAAAAAAGCAUUGAAACGUAAAAGAUAAUAUGUGUGAUUUUUUUAAAGUUAAGAAUUGUAAGAAUAACUUUAUUAAAUUUAUUUCAUGUACAGA